AGCUGGACCCACGUGUGCGGAGGAUGGAAACACGCCCCUGGCAAUGUCUCUGGGCCGCCUCCUCCGCCGGGCCUCCUCUAAAGCCUCGGACCUCCUGACGCUCACCCCCGGUGGCAACUGCGCGGGACGCCCCUCCUUCCUGGAUGGCGAGGUCGUCUACUCCAAGAACAAUGUCUGCGUGCACCCGCCUGAGGGGCUGCAGGGGCUGGGCGAGCACCACCCAGGGUAUUUGUGCCUGUACACGGAGAAGGACGAGCUGCUGGGGGCCACCCUCAUCCUCGCGUGGGUCCCCAACUCUCGGAUCCAGAGGCAGGACGAGGAAGCUCUGCGCUACAUCACCCCCGAGAGCUCCCCUGUGCGCAAGGCCCCCCGACCACGGGCCCGAUGCACCCAGAGCUCCGGGGCCCCCCGUCAGGCCUCCCCCACGGAGCCCAGGCCGGCCCUGACCCCCAAGGAUGAGGAGGACAUCCUGGUGGUGGCCCAGAGCACCCGGGACGCUGUGCCCGGCAGCCCUUUGUUGGAAGACGGGGAGAAGCUGGCCCCAGACCUGGGCGUGGAUGGUGGCCUCCCGGCCUUGCAGCCCACCCACAGCGACUCGGGCAUCCUGUCCAUGGUCAGCUCACAGGAUGGGACCGAGGAGGGUCGGGAGCCACGGCCUGAGGCUGGAGAGGAGGAGGGCUCCCUGGAGCUGUCGGUCGAGGGCGUGAGCAGGGACAGCUCCUUUGACUCCGACUCCGACGCCUUCUCCUCGCCCUUCUGCCUCUCGCCCAUCAGCGCCGCACUUGCUGAGAGCAGCAGCUCCGUAUUUCUGGAAAGUGAAGGCAGCUCCCCGUCCAGCGCCGACACCAGCCUGCAUUUCCCCGAGAGCAACGGGCUCCUGCCUCCGGCGCGCUGGGAGGAGCCGCAGCGGGGCUGUGCGCUGGAGCAGACCUGCGGUGUCUUCCGCGUGGACCUGGGGCACAUGCGCUCCCUCCGCCUUUUCUUCAGCGAUGAGGCCUGCAGCAGCGGCCAGCUGGUGGUGGCCAGCCGCGAGAGCCAGUACAAGAUCUUCCAUUUCCACCACGGCGGCCUGGACAAGCUGGCGGACGUGUUCCAGCAGUGGAAAUACUGCACCGAGACGCAUCUCAAGGACCAGGUUGCCGAUGAGAAGACCUGCAUGCGGUUCUCCAUCCGGCGUCCCAAGCUACCCUCGUCUGAGACCCACCCAGAGGAGGACCUGCACAAGCGAGUGGACGUGGCGGCCUGGCUCGGCCACCUCAACGAGCUGGGCCAGGUGGAGGAGGAGUACAAGCUUCGCAAGGCCAUUUUCUUUGGCGGCAUUGAUGUGUCAAUCCGGGGGGAGGUCUGGCCCUUCCUGCUGCGCUAUUACAGCCCCGAGUCCACGUCGGAGGAGCGGGAGGCGCUGCGGGUGCAGAAACGAAAGCAGUACUUGGAGAUCCAGCAGAAACGACUCUCAAUGACGCCUGAAGAGCACAGAGAGUUCUGGCGCAAUGUGCAGUUCACUGUGGACAAGGACGUGGUUCGGACAGAUCGGAGCAACCAGUUCUUCCGAGGGGAGGGCAAUCCGAACGUGGAAAGCAUGAGGAGGAUCCUGCUGAACUAUGCAGUGUACAACCCGGCCAUCGGCUAUUCCCAGGGCAUGUCGGACCUGGUGGCGCCCAUCCUGGCCGAGGUCCUGGACGAGUCUGACACCUUCUGGUGCUUCAUUGGGCUAAUGCAGAACACCAUCUUUGUCAGCUCCCCUCGGGACGAGGACAUGGAGAAGCAGCUGCUAUACCUGCGGGAGCUGCUGCGGCUGACGCACCUGCGUUUCUACCAGCACCUGGUCUCGCUGGGCGAGGAUGCCCUGCAGAUGCUCUUCUGCCACCGCUGGCUGCUUCUGUGCUUCAAGCGCGAGUUCCCCGAGGCCGAGGCGCUGCGCAUCUGGGAGGCCUGCUGGGCACACUACCAGACGGACUACUUCCAUCUCUUCAUCUGCGUGGCCAUUGUGGUCAUCUAUGGGGACGACGUCAUCGAGCAACGGCUGGCCACCGACCAGAUGCUCCUGCACUUUGGAAACCUGGCCAUGCACAUGAAUGGGGAGCUGGUCCUUCGGAAGGUGAGCGCCCCACCCCCACUGUCCCCAUGCGGGGCAGGGGAGUGUGUGCACAGAAACAGGGAGCUCGUCCUCCCCAAGGUGAGCGCCCUGCCCCCAGCACCUUCAGGGACCAUGCAGGCGCCUCCUCCCCGGGCCCACAGGUCACCCCCCUCCCACAGACCCCUGCUGGGGAUUCGGCUUCCUGAGGCUCUCUGGAGAUUCCUACAGAAGAGCCACGUGGGUUCGGACAGCUGUCCCUACGGGGGCACGGUGGAGACAUCUUCACCCAAGCUCCCCCGAGAAAGCAAGAAGGGUGUGAAGACACCUCGCGAAGGCCUCGUCUUCCGCAGAUAGGCUGGGCACCCCCGCUGGACAAGGGUUGAGGGGGCUCCAGUGGAGGUCCUGGAAUGUGGGAAGGGGUGGGGUAGGCGUGGAGGGGAUGGGGUAAGGUAGGAAUGUAAGAAAAAUGCAUUUGGGACACACGAAGG